AAACCAUGAAUGUCGGAACUGAGCGUUUAAUGUACGUAGCACCACGGAGCUCUCCGUUACACAAGAUGUAGAGUGUGCACUGCUUGCUAAAGGUGUUAACUUUGCUUUUCCGAAAUUAAAGGAGCUGCCGGCCAGCGAUGCUGUUACGUCAGGGCGAGUCUGACUGUAACCCGAUCCCAGCAAAUGGGACGCUGAGAUUUUGGGAAGCGAGAACAAGAUGGCUGGUUUGGGAGAAGGGAUUGUUUUUGUUACCUAUUAAAAGUACAAACUGGAUGUAGAUAAAAAGAGGAAAACGUAAUACGUCGGACUUUUCUUUUUUUGGUUUUUAUUUGCUGUAUAAGAGGACGUAAAACGUGCGCGUAAAAUAAAACUCAAGUUAUCGCUGAAUGAGGAUUUGCGGUUAAGUUGCUAUUUCGCCUCCCCGUCGUUGCUAUGGUUCAACCGAUUGGUAAAAAAAAAACCCCACUCAACCUGAUUUUGUUAAAGUUUUAAAUUACUGCUGCCUAUUCGGGCUAUUGCGUCCGGCAGAAAAGAAAACCGUCGGAGAUAACAGCUGUCAUAGCAGGGCUGCCUACGAAAGUGUCGGUGUGGUCUUGGAGAAACGACCCCUCUGCAGCUGAAGAAAACUACAGGAGGCACAAACGUGGAAAGUGUAGUCCAAACUCUCCGGGGUGUUUUUUGUUUUUAAUUUAAUUGAAAUCAAAACGCUGCUCAAGUCAGGGUGCGCGGGGGAGAAAAAAAUAUAAGUUAAAAAAAAGUUGAAGCGUUUCAUUUUUUAAAAAAAAAAAAAGUCACCGCGGUUUCAUUAUAGAGGUUAAAUGCGGAGCUGCUGCGGCGGCAGGCAGGAUGAGUUCGAGCCGAGUCCGACCCCAGCAGCGGCAGAGCCAGGCGGGCAGGUUCGCGGGCAGCGCCGCCGGUUCCUCCGGCGAGGGCAUUGAGAUGGAGAGGAUUCAUCACCACGACCUCGGACUCGGGGGCUCCGUGGGCACGCCCUCGCCUUCCUCCUCCUCCUCUUCCUCCUCCUCCUCCUCCUGCUCCCGGCAGGCGUGGAGCCGGGACAACCCGGGAUUCGAGCCCGAGGAGGAGAUGCUGGAGGCGGACUGGCCGCCGGCGGGCCCCGGCCGCAGGUCGGUGUCCGCCACCUCCAGCGGCAGCAGCAGCAGCGGUCUGGGAAGCUACAACGGCGGCGGAGGAGGAGGAGGAGGAGGAGGGGGCGGUGGACAUCGGAUGCAGCGGGGUCUGUACCCGACCCCCACCGUGGAAGUCCUUCAACACCAAGACAGAUCCGGUCCCCGGGGCUGUGGGAAACGGAUCCUGGAAAAAAUAAGAAUUCUUUGGGGAACACGACUGAUGGUGGACAGCAACACCAGCCGAGAGAAGUACCUGAAGAGUGUCCUGCGAGAGCUGGUCACCUAUGUCAUGUUUCUGGUCAUCCUGUGCAUUUUGACUUACGGGAUGUUGACCUCCAGCUUGUACUACUACACAAAGGCCAUGUCCCAGCUGUUCCUGGACACGCCUGUAUCAAACACGGAGAAGACAAACUUCAGAAGUUUGGCUAGUAUGGAUGACUUUUGGAAGUUCGCCGAAGGCCCGCUCCUAGACGGCCUGUACUGGGAUGUGUGGUACAACAACAGGACCCUGCCGGAGAACCGGAGCUGGAUUUACCACGAGAGCCUGCUGCUCGGGGCCCCUCGGCUCCGGCAGCUGAAGGUGCGCAACGAGUCGUGCGUGGUGCACGAGGAUCUGAGGGACACCGUGCAGGACUGCUACGGCGCGUACUCGCCCGGUCACGAGGACACCUCCCCCUUCGGCCUGCUGAAUGGAACCGCCUGGAUCUACACCAACGAAGCGGACCUGAAUGGAAGCAGUUACUGGGGCCUGAUUGCGACCUACAGCGGCGGGGGGUACUACCUGGACCUUUCCCGGACCAGGGCGGAGACGGCCGCACAGAUCCAGACUCUGAAAGGCAACCUGUGGCUGGACCGAGGGAGCAGGGCCGUGUUCAUCGACUUCUCCGUCUACAACGCCAACGUCAACCUCUUCUGCAUCGUCAGGCUGGUUGUGGAGUUCCCCGCCACAGGGGGCGCUGUCACCUCUUGGCAGCUUCAGACCGUGAAGCUCAACCGGUACGUGUCCAACGUGGACUACGCCAUAGCAGCCUGCGAGAUUGCCUUCUGUCUCUUUGUCCUUUACUAUGUGGUGGAGGAAGCCCUGGAAGUCCGCAUUCACAAGCUCUAUUACUUCAGGAACCUCUGGAACUGCCUGGACAUCCUUAUCAUUGCGCUCUCAGUUGCUGCUAUAGUUAUUAACAUCUACCGAACGGUAACAGUGAACAGCCUGCUGAAGAAGCUCUUGGAAAUCCAGGAUGCUUACCCCAAUUUUCAGCCUCUUGCUUACAUGCAGGUUCAGUUCAACAACAUGGUGGCCAUGAUUGUUUUUUUCAGCUGGAUCAAGCUCUUUAAAUUCAUUAACUUUAAUAAGACAAUGAGUCAGUUGUCAUCCACCAUGUCUCGCUGUGCCAAAGAUAUCAUUGGCUUUGCCAUCAUGUUUCUUAUCAUAUUCCUGGCCUAUGCCCAGCUGGCAUACCUUGUGUUUGGAACACAGGUGAAUGAUUUCAGCACAUUCCAGGCAUGCAUUUUUACACAGUUCCGUAUAAUUUUGGGCGAUUUUAAUUUUGCUGAAAUUGAAGAAGCAAACAGGAUAUUGGGACCCAUUUACUUCACAACAUUUGUGUUCUUUAUCUUCUUUAUUCUACUGAAUAUGUUUUUGGCAAUUAUAAAUGACACCUAUUCAGAAGUGAAAGCGGACUUGGCUCAGCAGAAAUCUGAAAUGGAACUCGCUGACCUUAUAAAAAAGGGGUACAAUAAGGCCUUGGUUAAACUCAGGCUGAAGAAGACAACGGUGGAUGACAUUUCGGAGAGCUUGCGUCAGGCCGGAGGGAAGCUGAACUUCGAUGAGUUGCGCCAGGAUCUGAAAGGGAAGGGACACACUGAUGCAGAGAUUGAAGCCAUCUUUGCAAAAUAUGAUCAAGAUGGUGACCACGAGCUCACAGAACAUGAACACCAGCAGAUGAGAGAUGACUUGGAGAAAGAGAGAGAGGAUCUGGACCUGGACCGGAGCUCCUUCACCAGGCCGGCCAGCGGCCGCAGUUUCCCGCGCAGCCUGGACGACUCGGAAGAGGACGACGACGAGGACAGCGGCCACAGCUCCCGCCGGCGGGGCAGCAGCUCGGGCGGCGUCUCCUACGAGGAGUUCCAGGUCUUGGUUAGGCGUGUGGACCGUAUGGAGCAUUCUAUUGGGAGCAUUGUGUCCAAAAUAGAUGCCGUGAUUGUGAAACUUGAAGCAAUGGAGCGAGCUAAGCUGAAGAGGAGGGAAGUCCUUGGCAGGCUUCUGGAUGGCGUCAUUGAGGACGAGCGUCUGGGCAGGGACGGCGACGCUCACCGGGAGCAGAUGGAGAGGCUGGUGCGGGAGGAGCUGGAGCGCUGGGAGUGCGACGACGCGGGGUCGCGGGCGAGCCACCGGCUGGGCACCCCGCUGGGGCGCGGACGCCGCGGGCCACGCCGGCGGGCACCUGUAAGGGGGGCGCCGCCGCUGCAGAGCCGGACCGCGAGGUGCGACGUUUAUUUAAAGUAG